AUGGAUAUAGAUAUGGAUUGCAAGACAGUCGCUGAUGUUGUUGUUUUUAAAUUCAAGAAAGUAAUUUCUCUUUUGGGUCGAACCAGAACCAGCUAUGCUCGCUUUAGAAAAGCUCAUGUGGCGGUGGCUAUAGCUGCUACUCUAAGGCACACCCAAAUUAGCCAAGAAAAUAAAUUUAUUGAAAGUAAGGUUUAUUAUGCUAUGUCGAUCCAGCAGAUUCCUCCUCUUCUGGUCCCUAAUCAUUACCAUGAUUAUUUUUCUAUGGGGAUGAUGCUAAAGAAUAAUGGGAUGAUUAGUGAGAGGAAAGAAUCCUCUACCACCAUUAAUUUUUCUUAUUUUUUUGCUGAGAACUCCUUUAUUUCUUCCUUGACGGGUGAUACGACUGAUAGCAAACAGCCGUCAUCUUCAUCAGCAUUUCAGCCCCUUUUGUAA